UUUAACUACCAUAUCUUAUUCGCAUUUGGUGCAGUGCACUUCUAUCAGUUCAGACUCUUACAAUUAUGACCUCAAAAAUUUUGAUUGCAUCAGCUUUGGUUCUAGCACUCGUGGCGCUCAGUGAAUGUGGAGGCGGAGGCCAUGGAGGAGGAGGGCACAAACAUGUAGUCAUCUACGUUCCAAUCAAACAUACCAAUGUCCACACGAAAAAGAUCGUCACAAAACACAUAAGAAUUACUAGUGCAGACGAUGGAGAAGUAGUGAGCCAUGGGGGAGAAGGCGGGGAUGCAUUUAGUCAUGGAAAAGUGUCUGGAAGCAUCCAUAUUGGAGAACCCACAUAUUCCCAUGGAAGUUCACAUGGAUGGCAUUAGCAUUAACUAACCGAAACAUUCUGUAAAUAGUUUCCUUUCUACUUUUCGUUCACUUACUUUGUACAUACGUGUAGUUAGAUAGUCUUUCUGGCUUUCAAUUUUUUAUCCUACUUACUUAAAUUUGGUUCUCCUCAUUAUUUCUGUAGGUCAGUCCGAAAACUGGUGUACUUGUGGAUGGUGAUUUAUCUACUUGUUCCUGAGAUCCUUCAAUAAUUCUCGUUAAAUUUCAAAAAUAUAAAAAUAAAUCAACUGCCUAGAAUAAAGGCAGCUUAGGCAGCAGGAAUAAGGGAUAAUUCAUAUAUUUUUAGCGAUCCUUCUCUUCUUACAAGUUAUUCUUGUCAUAUUUUCUUCUAAAAUUGCUAAAUUACUGAAUAUUUCCUCCAUUUCCUUAACUUAUUUUCAUUCAUAUUAAUUACUUUUCUUUCUUAACGGUUAUUAAUAAUGCUAAUUCAUUCCAAAUGAUGUCAUUGGUUUUAUAAUUUGAAUCAAGGCUAUUGACGGAUAUGAAAAGAAGGAUUCAGAUUUACCAGUAACAAUCACUUUAGUCAUGAGGGUGACUUUGUUACAGCGAUGAGAAAGUGGUUGGUGAAAUGUAAAUGGAAUAGCUUUUCAACUGGAUACGGUUUUCGAGAUCAUAAUUAUACGAUAAUUUUUCUCAAUUUGUCGGGUUUGCAAACCUGCUUGGUUACUAGUCUGAACUGUACAAUGUAAUUUAGAUAUUAUUAGAGUUUAUAACUGUUGGUUGUUAUGAACAUGUUUAUUAAACAUCUGUUUUUCGCAAA